AUGUGCAGAGGGUUCGAGCCGAACGAGAAAGAGCUCUUGAAAAUCAGAGCAUUCUACGCUGAGUUACCGCCUCCGCGCUCCAUUAAUUGCAGAAAAUCCAAUUUGCCGGACUACCUGACGCUCCAUUACCUCCCGCGCAUCAACGAAGGGCUUCUGGAGAUAGACGGGUCGAGAAUCCGACCCGAUUCGUCGGGAUUCAUGACGCUCCACCGGGUAGUGUCGGGCUCGGAUGGGUCGACCAAAUACGGGAGCAGGGAGAGAGUGGUGGCCUGCGAGGGGGCGAGGUUCGAGAUAUACGCAGGGGAGGUGAGGGUACUAAAUGGGAUUUUCAGGAGGGACGAGAGGCUGUGGAAGGUGGAGUGCGAGUGCACGACUAGUGACUUGGCGGAGAUGUUGAUGGUGGAGGUGGAGGAGGAGGGCCGGCCGGUGAAGGUGGAGAUUGUAAGGAAGCAAAGGAGAAGGGUGGCCGGAGGGGAGCUGGAGGAGAUUCCGGAGGUGGGGGAAGGGGACUAUAAGUGCUGGUGCAGUGAGUGCGGUGGUGGUGUGGAGGAGGUGGAGGAGGAGGAGGAGGAGAUGGAGGAAGGUGUGCGGUGGGCCGUGGAGGUGGGGAUUUGGGCUGUGUGUUUUGGGGUGGGAUACUUGAUUUCUGUUUCUACCUCUAAGAGAUUGAAUUUGAGGAGGAAUAAAUUGUAG